GGGCUAAGUGCUAUUCCAGGGGCCAGUGAUGGAAUGCUUGGGUAAAAGGGACUUUUUCUGCUUCUCCAGGGGCCGUGCAGACACAGUGAGCAGAUCCACGGUGGGAAGGGAGGCUGUGUCCCUGCCACAAGAACAGUGACUAUGAAACUCCCCCUGCUCCUGCUGCUCCUCCUGCUGGGGACAGUUGCUGCUCUUCAUCUGGGGAAUGAUGCCCCCUAUCUAGACAGUCAAGAGUCACAGGCAGACCUGAGCCAGGAUCUGGAAGGCUCUGGGGAGCAGGAGGGAGAGUUGGUCCUGACUGAGGAGGCCAUUCAGUCUGAAGGAGAGCAGGUGGAGGCUUCCAGCUGCCAAGAUGCCUUUGAGGAUGAGAAGGCCAUGGAAUCGGACCCAGGUGCCCUAGAUGAGAACUUGUGCCCCAGGGAAGAGGACACAGAGGAAAUGCUGGGCAGUCCUGGGUGCAAGACCUGCCGCUACCGGUUGGUGCAGACGCCCCGAACAUUUGCAGAUGCUCAGGACACCUGCUGGAGGUGCUACAGAGGCAACCUGGCCUCUAUCCACAGCCUCAGCACCAACAAUCAACUUCAAUGCUUGGCAAGUAAGAUUAACCAGCAACAGGUCUGGAUUGGAGGCGCCAUCGGGGGCUGGUGCUUCGGGUUUCACUGGAUUGAUAGGAGCCCUAUAAAUUUCACCCACUGGGCUAAUCAGCGUGGGAACGGCCGCUGUGUGGCCCUAUGCACCAGAGGGGGUCUUUGGCGACAGUCAAAUUGCGGAAUACGUCUGCCCUUUGUCUGCUCCUCCUAAGCCAGUGGCGAGAAAGGGAUCCUGCCUGGAGCCCCCUCCCUACGCCCCUCCUGGCAGCCCCUGGCCCACCCUGGGCACUGGGCUGGACUCCCUGCCUCUCCUGGUCAUAAAGCCAUGUUUCCCACUGCA